CCACUUACUGCUGAUUUAAAGGUUCAGCAUAAGCAACGGGAGCAAAUGGCUAUUAUGAGCUUUCUUACUGGUCUCCCACCUGAGUACGACACAGUUCGCUCUCAAAUCUUAUCCGGAUCUGAGAUUUCUGACCUUCAAGAUGUGUUUUCCAGAGUAAUGAGAGCUGAGAAUCUCUUGCCACCAGCUGCUAGUAUUCCUACAAGUGCCUUGCUCAGUAAGGGCACCUAUGAGACUCGUAGUCCCAGUGAUAACCGCGGGGGGCCUACCCGUGGUGGUUCGAAGCAAGGGGGAGCCCCUUUUGACUCCAGUGGGGUAGUGUGUUAUUACUGCAAAGAACCAGGGCAUACAAAACGCACAUGUCGAAAACUUCAGAAUAAACAGCAACGAAAUAACUCUGCCCAUGUGGCUACACAAGCCAGUGACACAGUCACGAUCUCUGCCGCUGAGUAUGCCCAGUUAAAAUCUGCUACGCCGUCUGUGAGUGCCGCGGCUACAACAGGAUCUUUUGACGAGGCGGAUUAUUGGUAGAGGUUAUGAAUCUGGCGGGCACUAUAUAUUGGAUGAUC